GUAUAGCAGGAAAACAGGUAUAAUAACCGACUCAUCUAUAAAUGUGCUUCAGUGUUGCAUCGUUCUUUGUCACGCCAUAUUAAAAUGGCGUGUGUAAAAACUAUCGCCUUUUUGGCGUUUUAUGUUGCAGUUGUAGUGUGCUAUCGUAGUAGGGAAAAGCAGCAAAAGCCGAUAGUGACAUUAAGAGAGGGUAAAAUCAGAGGAACAAUAGAAACCAUCUAUGAUGGAUCGUCAUAUUAUAGUUUCAAAGGCAUACCGUACGCCGAAGCGCCGGUUGGGGAACACAGAUUUGAAUCAGAAUCAUUACCUCCAAAACCAUGGCAAGGCAUCCGGGACGCCUCAAAGCAUGGUCCGGUGUGCACCCAAUACGACUUUACCAUCUCACAAUACAUAGAGGGCAGUGAACAAUGCUUAUUCGUUAAUAUAUAUACAAAGUCAUUAAAACCAGAAUCUAAAAUACCAGUAAUGGUAUUCAUUCACGGUGGUUCUUACAUGUCAGGCUCUGGUAAUUCAGAUACUUUCUCACCAGAUCUCUUAUUAGAACAUAACGUGAUUCUAGCGACCAUCAAUUAUAGAUUAGAGUUGUUAGGAUUCCUCUCUGUGGAUACUCCAGAUGUACCUGGUAGCGGUGGCAUAAAGGACACGGUAAAGGCUCUUCGAUGGAUCAAAGAGAAUAUCGCGAAAUUUGGCGGUGACCCGGAUAACAUUACUAUAUUUGGAGAAAGUUCAGGCGGUUCGUCCGUAACGUACCUUAUGUUGUCUCCAACUGCCAGAGGACUGUUUAAUAAAGUCAUUGCUCAAAGUGGUACAUGUUUCGAAGACUGGGCUCAAGCUAGAGGAAUGAAAGAAAGAGCAUUUAGAGCAGCCAAACUAUUGGGCAAGGACACAAAUGAUGUUGGAGAAUUGUUACAGUUCUUAAGAAGCUUACCAGCUCUCAAUCUCACUAACCUUACUGAACAAACCAUGACGGAGGAAGAGAAAUAUCGAGGCUUCCCUGAACAAUUCAUACCUGUUCUUGAAAAACAUUUCAAAAAUGUUAAAGCAUUUAUAAGCGAAGAUCCAGUACAAAAGGUCGCUCAAGGAAAAGUUCCCAAUAAGGUACCAAUAAUGUUGGGUUACAAUUCCGGCGAGGGUAUAUCAGUAAUUUCAGAAGAAAUUAAAAAACUCGAUGUCAAAAAUAAUAAUGUAACCUAUUUCGUACCAAGGCAAAUCGUUGAAGCUGUGUCUAAGGAAAAAGCAUUAGAAUUCGGUGAUAGGAUUCAGAAGUUCUACGCUGGAAGUAGAAGCAUAUCAAAAGAAAACCCUGAUAUUGUCCGUGAUAUUUUAACAGAUACAAAUUUCGCAUAUAACACACACAGAUUUGCUUAUAUGUAUAGCGUAUUUAACGCUCCGGUAUACAUGUAUAGAUUUAACUAUGAAACUGACUUAAAUAUAAUCAAGAGAUACUCUUCUUAUAAAGACUUGCCAGGAGUUAGUCAUGCUGAUGAGUUGUUCUAUCUGUUUUAUAAUAACCUUAACAAAGAGGCAUAUGACAAUCAACCGAAGCUGAGAGAUAUUGCGUACGAAGUUACAAAACUAUGGACUGAUUUUGCUAAAUAUAGUAACCCAACACCCGAUGGCAGUUUAGGAGUAGAUUGGCUCCCAUACACACCAUCAGGCAAGGAAUACUUCAAUAUACAAGAGAAAUAUUCCGUUGGAAGGUACGCUGAUCAGCAGCGCAUGGAAUUCUGGGACCAGAUAUAUAAAGAGGCUGGUCUGCCGCACAUGGGACACAUAAAGGACUCGAUUAUAAAUUUUACUCAUUCAAAGCCAGUCUGCUCUUAUGUCUACAGGAAAAUGUUUAACAAAAAUAAUAUCAUUUGUAUCCUCCUAUACGUCUCUAGUUCAUCUUGUUUUCACCCGGAGAUAAGACAUGAGAGACCUAUAGUGACAAUAACUGAUGGCAAAAUAAAGGGCACGGUCGAAAGGAUUUAUGAUGGAUCUCCAUAUUACAGUUUUAAAGGGAUUCCGUACGCUGAAGCUCCUGUUGGGGAGAAAAGGUUUGAGGCUCCACUGCCUGUCAAACCGUGGAACGGUAUCCGUGAUGCCGCAGAGCAUGGACCUAUUUGUGUACAAGCAAAUUUAACAACGUCUCAGACAACUGGAAGUGAACAAUGUUUAUUCCUGAAUGUCUAUACUAAAUCUCUAGACACACAGUCCAAAAUACCGGUGAUGGUGUUUAUUCAUGGCGGUGCAUAUGACUCGGGAUCAGGAAACUCUGAUAUGUACUCGCCAGAUCUGAUCAUACAACAUGACGUCAUAUUGGUAACUAUAAACUACCGCUUGGAUCUUUUAGGUUAUAUAUCUUUAGACAUUCCCGAAGUACCAGGUAAUGCUGGAAUGAGAGACCAAGUUAUGGCCCUUCGCUGGAUUAAAGAAAACAUUAUGAAAUUUGGAGGUGAUCCUGACAGCAUAACCAUAUUUGGGCAAAGCUCUGCAGGAACAGCUGUUACUUAUCUUAUACUGUCACCGAUGGCUCAGGGGUUGUUCCAUAAAGCCAUAGCACAGAGUGGAGUCUGUGUGCAAGACUGGGCUCAAGGGAGAAACUUAGUACAGAGAGCGUUUAGAGCAGCUGCAGUUCUAGGAAAACAGACAAAGGAAGUUGGUGAAUUACUGGAAUUUCUUCGUAGUCUACCAGCCAGCAAUCUCACUAAUCUUAGUAGCAAGACUUCAACUCAAGAUGAAAAAUACAGAGAUUUGGGUCAAAAAUUUGUUCCUGUUGUUGAAGCUAGAUUUCCAAAUGUUGAGCCAUUUAUAAGCGAGGAUCCUGCGUUAAUGCUGUUGCACGGUAACGCUAGUAAAGUACCACUAAUGCUUGGGUAUAAUUCUGGCGAUGGAAUUAAAUCGAUUUCUAGAGAAAUAACAAGAUUGGACGUAAGUAAUAAAAAUUCAUCAUACCUUGUGCCUAGUACCUUAGUUGAUAGACUUUCGGAAGAGCAAAUAAUCAAAGUUGGAGCAAGAAUAAAAAGAUUCUAUGUUGGUAGUGGGAAUUUCAGCCAAGAUCAUCCUGAGAAUAUACGUGAUAUGGCAACAGAUUUGCAUUUCGCAUACAACACGCACAGAUUUGCUUACCUCUAUAGCAGCUUGCAAGUACCAGUGUACAUGUAUAGAUUUAAUUACGAUACUGAGUUGAACAUAGCUAAAAAAAUCACGCCAUAUAAAAAUCUAGAUGGCGCCAGUCACGCAGAUGACUUAUAUUACUUGUUUUACAAUAUGUUCAAUAAAAAAGUUUUGGAUAGUGAUCCGAAAUUAAGAAAAUAUACCUAUGAAAUUACAAAAAUGUGGACCGAUUUCGCCAAAACUGGUAACCCCACGCCCGAUGGCAGUCUAGGAGUAGAUUGGCUCCCAUACACACCAUCAGGCAAGGAAUACUUCAAUAUACAAGAGAAAUAUUCCGUUGGAAGGUACGCAGAUCAGCAGCGCAUGGAAUUCUGGGACCAGAUAUACAAACAGGCUGGUCUGCCGUACAUUGGACACUAAAUAUAAUGAAGAUUGUAAAAUAAUUUGAAUA